GUGAGUGCUGGACGCAGAGGAGAGAUUCACAUGACUCAGCGAUACUCGCGGAGGAAUAAAUACAGUCAGAAUCUUUCAAGAGCGCCACGAAUUUGCCCAUUAUUGCUUGUAGACGUGAUACAUUUACAUAAACCUAUUGGUAUUUGCUUCUCGGCAUGGAUCAAUUUCGUUGUUUGUUUGAUAAACUGGACAAAAAUAACGACGGUUUUAUAUCAGUUGAAGAAUUACAUAAUGAGAUGAGAAGGGUUGGUGUUGUAUCUGUUGAUGAAAAAGCUCAGAUCAUCGUGACAAAUUAUGAUCGCAAUUACGACGGACGGCUUGAUUAUCAGGAGUUCCUCAGCUACAUGAUGGACAGGGAGAAGAAGUGGAAAAUAGACUUCCAUGCCCUUGACAAGAAUAAAUGCGGAUUCAUUGACCAGGAGGAUAUCAUACAUUUGUUCAAGGAAUUAGGUGUGGCCAUAUCUAAAUCUAACGCAGAGAGGAUAAUCCAGAUGAUGGAUGAGGACAGUUCCAUGACGGUCGACUGGGAGGAGUUCCUGCACCAUGUCGUGAUCAACCCAGUUGAGAGCAUUGGAGAGCUGGUGUGCUCGUGGAAGCACAACCUGGUGUUUGACGUGGGCGAGAGUCGCUGUGUGCCCAUAGUGAUGGCACAUGAUGAGACAGAUGUGUCAGCAUGCAGAAACUUUUUCCUGGCUGCAGGCAUGGCUGAUGCCAUCUCUAGAACUGUGACUGCACCAAUCGACCGCUUAAAGACUCAGCUGCAGGUGUAUGGAUCCAAGGCUGUGUCUUUGGGUUUGCGAGACCUAAAACCAGGAGGAGUCAGGUCUAUGUGGCAAGGAAAUGCAGUCAAUGUGCUUAAAGGCACUCCACAGUCAACACUUCAAUGUUUCCUUUAUGCCAAGAUGAGGAAGCAGGUCCUGGGUGAGCGGGAUUAUCUGUCCAUUGAACAGCGGUUUGGACUAGGCUGUGUCUCUGGGGCUGUAGCACAUGCUGCAUUCUACCCCCUAGAGGUGUUGAAGGUCAGGCUGAACCUGCAGCAGGCCGGUGCCCCCCAUGGUCUUCUGGGAUGCGCUCUCUCCAUUUGCCACAGUGAGUCGCCAUGGGCUUUCUACAGAGGCUUCAAGCCAAGCAUCAUGUGCAUGAUCCCUUAUGCAGGAGUGGAGUGUGCAGUUCAUCAGUCAAUAAUGAGCUGGGCGAGAAGAGACCCUGCCAACUGCCAUGACACCAAGCUGCUGCUCUUCAGCUUCCUAGCAUUUGCGUGCGGGCAGGCAAGCAGCUAUCCACUGGCCGUCAUCAGGACCCAGCAGCAAGCGCAAGCCUUCAUGGCAGGCUCACAGACAUGCAGUGGUGUCCUUCGCGGGCUCGUCCAGAUCUAUGAGAAGCAUGGGCUCCUGGGUUUUUACAGUGGCAUGGGUGCCAGUUUCGUCAGGGCUGUGCCCUGUGCCCUGCUCAACUACACCCUCAUCUCCAAAAUGGAAAUGUGGCUCUCCACAUAUCUGUGAUGUCCAAUAAAUGUGUACACUAAACAUGUCCUGUGAAUUUG